AUGGAGGACCGGAGACGCAGUGCGCUGAACCAGCUCCCGCCGCCGGCCAACUCCAGCAAGCCCCUGACGCCGUUCAGUAUAGAGGACAUCCUGAACAAGCCGUCGGUGAAGAGAAGUUACUCCAGCUGCGGGACGGCGCACAUGCUCUCCUGCAGCGAGAAGCUGUCCUCUUCGGGUCACAGUCUGUGCAGCCGUGCCUUUUUCACCCAAACCUCCCCACUCUGCGCUCUGGAGGAGCUAGCCAGCAAAACCUUCAAAGGCCUCGAAGUCAGUGUUCUUCAAGCGGCAGAGGGGCGAGACGGCACGACACUAUUCGGUUCGCGGAAUAACCCCAAAAAGCGCCGGAAGUCUCGCACGGCCUUCACCAACCACCAGAUCUACGAGUUGGAGAAGCGAUUCUUGUACCAGAAGUACCUGAGUCCAGCUGACCGUGACCAGAUAGCACAGCAGCUCGGCCUCACCAAUGCACAGGUCAUCACCUGGUUCCAAAACCGGCGCGCUAAACUCAAACGUGACCUGGAGGAGAUGAAGGCGGACGUGGAGUCGGCCAAAGCCGUGGGCACAGUGUCUUUCGAGAAAAUGGCCAAACUAGCCGAGCUGGAAAAAUGCGCAGCUAACGGCGCGCUGGGCCCUAACAGAGCCGAGUCACCUUCGCUAUUGGACCAUGAGCAUGACACAUCUAACAAACUAUUAUUGUCCUCGCCUUCAUCGCCAUAUACAGACCAUGCGAGCAGUAAGGGCUGCUCCGACGAUGAGGAGAUUGACGUGGAUGACUGAGGAUUUUACCUUUGUAUCUAUCUCCC